GGGGAGGGUGCCUGACGGUGGAUGACGACGAGAAUAUUAAAUUACCAUGAAAAGUGACCUAGAAGAGCGGAAAACGGGUAAAAAAGACGAAAAAUGCCCAAUUUGCAGGAAUGAUGCAUAUUUAAACCCCAAUAUGAGGUUUUUGAUCAAUCCAGAGUGUUAUCAUAAGAUGUGUGAGUCGUGCGUAGCAAGGAUUUUUACGCUAGGACCAUCACCAUGUCCAAAAUGUGGGAAGAUUCUUCGUAAAGGGAGAUUUAGGGAGAAAACAUUUGAGGAUAUAGCAGUAGAAAGAGAGAUUGAUAUAAGGAAACGGAUAUCUAAGAUCUGUAAUAAGCGUCCAGAGGAUUUUGAGACAUUAAUGGAGUAUAACGACUAUUUAGAGGAAGUGGAGGACAUAACGUUCAAUCUAGUGAAUAAUAUUGAUGUAGAGGAAACAGAAGCGAAAUUAAUAGCAUAUGAAGCAAUUAAUAAGAAAUCUAUUAUGGCGAAUGCGCAAAAGGCAGAAUUAGAGGCGCAAAUUAUAGCUAAAAAUGAAGAUAGGUUAAAAAAAGAGAAAAAAAUAUCACAAGAAAUGAUUAUCAAAGAAAAAGAAGCAGAACAUAUUGAAAAAGAAGAGUAUAAACAAGAAUUGAUUCGUGAAUUGGCGUCUUCGGAUAAACAAGCAUCAAAAGUUGUUGAACAUAGUAAUGCGUUAUCUCUUAAACGAUCAACAAUUAGGAAGCAACGGGCAGCUUAUGAGGCAAAGAUUGCGAUGGAAGCUCUUCCAGCUUUUCAGAAUUCAUGUUUAAAUAAAGAUGAAGAAAAAUUAGAUGUAUUUUCGCCUAUGGCUGGCCAAAAUAAAGAAAAUACAUUAUAUGUUGUAAAAGAAAGUUAUAAUGAUUCUUUUCUUAAACCUUUAUUGGAGAACAAAGCUAUUCGUGGAGGAGGUUUUAAUAUUAAUGAUGUAUACAAACGUGUUUUAUUUGAGGCAUUUGCAAGUUUGUAUUUCGAUAAUCAUAGUAAUAAGUCACAAACAAAUCCGCCAUGACUUCAUUUUUUUAAUAUUAUAGCAUAUCAUAUAACAUAGAAUUUUG